AUGUCUUUUAAUAGUCCAUUUGAUGAUGAUCUUGAGAGAGUGGCAACAAACCGCUCUCAUAGAUAUAAAGAUUAUCCCGAGUUUGAAUCACUUUCAGAGAGUGUUGAAAAUCAGUUGCAUCAUAUAAAUACUUCAUUGCUAGUAGAUAUUAAACGGGAUUUAGCUGAUUUUGAACAAGAUCCUAAUGACUCUAAAAGAGCCGAAGCAUUGAGCCCUAGUUUUAUGAGAGCAACUGAAUCCUACAAGAAACUAAAUGAUUUUGUAAAGCAACUAAAUAAUGCUAUUAAAACGGUUGAAAAUAAUCAUGAGGACGUUGAAACUAUUAGCUACUUGAAGCAGAGGGAAGGAAUCCAAAUCAAGUUGAUUAGGGAUAGUCUUUCAAGGUUCAAGAAUUACCAAAAACGCUUUGAAUCAAAGCAAUCGGAGCAGUUGCCAGGGCUAGUGGAUACUUCAAGCGAACAACAGGCUCUGCAACUGCAACUGCAACUGCAACUGCAACUGCAACUGCAACUGCAAGUUCAGAUUACAUAUGAGCCCGUAAACAGUGAGGAACUAGAACAGCAGACAAUACUCAUAGAACAAAGAGAAAGGGAAAUACACCAAAUCCAACAAGAUACUCAGGAAAUAAAUAACAUCUUUUCAAAUUUGUCUACUAUCAUAAAUGAACAACAGUUUCAAAUUGACAGCAUUGAAAAUAACAUUUUCAGCUACAGUUCCAAUGCUCAACAAGCCUCAAACGAGUUGACAAGUGCCCAGAGGUAUCAAAAACGAUCAAAUAGCACUUUGUUUUGCUAUUUUAUGAUUCUCCUUGGUAUCCUGACUUUUAUAAUUUUACUUAAACUAAUAUUCUAG